UGGAAAAGAAAGAGCAGAUUUGGCAUUGGCUACCGAAAGGCCAAAACAGUUAUUACGCGAUUCUAAGCGGAAACUCGGGAAUAUAUCUAUGGAGGGGCACGCAUUUUACAUUUUUACACUUCUUACAUUUAGCACGCCGCAUUUUCCUGAGAAAGUGAUGGAAAAUAUCUUGCGCAAUACAUUUUGAAAGCGGAAAGAAAAAGAAAAACGAAAGAAAAAGAAAAAGGAAAGAAAGAAAGAAAAGAGAGGAUAAUGGAAACAGAGGUAAAAGAAAGAAACGUUGAGGAAUCUAGAGAGAAUAAGAGGUUUACCGAAACCCCUCCUGAUGAUGAUUGCUGCCCAAUUUGCUUUGGUUCUUUCACCGUUCCUUGUCGAUCCAAUUGUGGCCAUUGGUAUUGUGGCAGUUGCAUUUUGCAAUUCUGGAACUAUUCAUCAGCGUCCAUCCCAUGCAAGUGCCCCAUGUGUGCUUGCAAGAUUGUUAACUUGAUGCCCGAGGCAUCGCUGCAACAACAACAGGACCAAGAAGUUACUCAGGUACUUAAAAGCGUACAGAGGUAUAACCUUCUCUUUGUAGGAGGUGCGCUCGGAUACAUUCAGAAACUACGUCAGUUACCAUUCUUCAUGAAGAAAAUAUUCCAAGGAUUGAUGGAUCCUGAUGCAAAUGACACAUAUAUUGCCGAGAUGCGCCUUUUUGCAAUGGUAUUAAGUAUCAUCUACAGAGCCACACCUUUUGAUUUCCUUCCAACAGGGGGCGUUGGAAUCGGAAGAGUGUUUGAUUUUUCCGCCAUUACUCUGGUACUCAUCCUGCGUUUGGUCGGCAUCUAUCGCAGAAGGCGACUUAUGCGACGUGUGAGGCAGGUAGCAACUGUUGAACUUUUACAGGAAGGAACUUGGUUUCUAUGAUCGGUAACACAUGUUUAUGCCCUUCCCCUUGCCGUUACUGAAUAGCUGUAAAUAUGAAUCAUGUGUGAAGAAGGCUACACUAGGUUUUGUACAGAAGAGGAAUGUGGUUUCAGACUUCUGACUGUGAAUGUGAUUGAGUAGCAUGUAUGUAUGUACGUAUGUAUGUACGUAUGUAUGUAUGUAGGUAUGUAUGUAUGUAACGGGGGCACUAUUCGUGUUGCGUUUUGUGUGGCAGCUGUUUUCAUUGUUAUGGUAUGUGUAUGUAGAAGUGUAUAUAAAAACGUUGA